GACACAGAGUCACAGAACGGCAAAACCUCCCGAACUGCAACGUCUCUAACUCAAAUACCAGAAAGAGAGAAAGAAAGAAAGGCACAUAUCUGAACCUCCGGGAAGCAGAGGUAACGAAGGCCCAUCUUUACCACGAUGUUAUCGUUCGCUCUGGUUUUUGGGCUCAUCCUGCCGGUCAUCAGGGCCCAGACUCCCCACUGGGGCCCGUGUCCAGAACCAUCGGUUCAACCGGCCUUCACCCUCAAACAGUUCAUGGGGAGAUGGUUUGAAAUUGCCAAACUGCCGGCCCAGUUUGAGAAGGGUCGCUGCAUCGAAACCAAUUUCACACUGAAGACAGACAACUCCAUCCGGGUGGUCAGCUCUGAAAUACUAAAAGGAGAGCUGAGGAAGAUCGAAGGGACCGGUGUCAUAGAGGACAUGAAGAAUCCUGCCAAGCUGGGAAUAAGUUAUUCAUACGUCCUUCCCUAUUCCCCUUACUGGAUCCUGUCCACCGACUACGUGAACACUGCCCUGGUGUACUCCUGCACGGACGUCCUCAGGCUCUUCCACGUCGACUUCGCCUGGAUCAUGAGCCGAAAACGGACCCUGCCGGACGAAACGGUUGAGAAAGCCAAGGAGGUGUUUGCCAGCAACAACAUCGACGUGAGCAGGAUGAUUCCCAGCAGGCAGCAGGGCUGUGAAAAAACUCUGUGAGCGGCGACGGAAACACAACAUAACGCGGCGGCAGCAGGAGGGAAAUGAUUCAAGAAUUGGUUCCAGAAACACCUUUGACUAAUAUUUUAACAUGAAUUAAAGUUUUUCUCCUGG